UUGCCGGUUUAACCUCACUUUUUCAAACAAUUUGUUUUUUAUGGUGAAAUAAUUAAAUAUGAAUAAAAAUAACCGUUCCUGGUUUAAGAAGAAACCUUCUCAAAUUAACUUAAACCUUGUCAAUGUCGCAACCAACUUUAACAACGAACCGAAAUAUGGUUAUUACGGAUUUAAACUGUACUUCCCUGAAUCAACAGACGACGAAACCAAAGAUGAGACUCUCCUUAAAUACGUGCUUCAUUUUGAAAAUUUCAUUAAACGGCAUAGUGCCAAUUUUUCGCUUGGCGAAAUCGAGGCCCAAAAAUGCUUUGUGAUUGACUAUAAGCUCAUAACUUCAGACGAAGAAUUAAGUGCGGGAUGGAAAGGUUUAGAAACGGAGAUAAUCACAAACACUGAUCUUUGCCUAAGUUGUAUGGGUUUAGCCAUGCACCAGUUUAUCAUGAAGGAUUACGAUAACAACAGUAGGAAAAAAAGUUUAGGGAUAAUUAGAGCGAGACUUAUCAAUUACGAGCCCAUUCAACAAAUAAAAGACAUACGGGUCAAUAAUUAUGGUCGUUUAAUUUCGCUCAAAGGCACUGUGAUAAAAGCCGCUAAUGUUAAAAUUAUGUACCAAUAUAUGGCAUUUUCAUGUGCAACUUGUACAGGAAUUCAAGUCGUCAAACAACCAGAUAACAUUUUUACAGUACCUAACAAAUGUUUAACGGAAGGGUGCAAAGCCCGCUCUAAUUUCCAAGCCUUGCAUUCGUCCCCUUUCACACGAACGAUUAGCUGGCAACACAUCAAAAUUCAAGAAUUGAUUGGAAACGAUGAGUUUGAAAACGGGCGCGUUCCCAGAACUUUGGAAUGCGAAUUGACUGAAGAUUUGGUCAAUUCUUGUGUCCCGGGAGAUGAUGUCACGAUAACAGGCGUUAUAAAAGUGCGUAAUAAUGCCGAAACUUCGUAUAAAAAUAAGGAGAAAAGUGUUUUUCUCCUUUAUUUGGACGUUGUUUCAGUUGUAAAUAACAAAAAUCAGAAUGAGGGUACUUAUGGGGCUUCGGAACGGAUAACUUUCAAUAUUACUGACUAUUACGCAAUUCAAAAAAUUCAUGCCGAGCCUUAUCUCUUUCGUUUCCUUGUCCAAUCACUAUGCCCCACAAUUUACGGCCACGAGAUCGUCAAAGCAGGCCUUCUUCUUGCCCUUUUUGGCGGCACAAAAUCGUCGAAAUUUCGUGCCGAAUCGCACGUUUUAAUGGUUGGCGACCCUGGAAUCGGUAAAUCCCAGAUGUUGCAUGCUUGUGUAAACGUAGCCCCCAGAGGUGUGUACGUUUGUGGUAACACAAGUACUGGAUCUGGAUUAACUGUUACAAUGACUCGGGAAGCUAAAGGAGAAUAUUCCCUAGAAGCAGGGGCGCUAAUGUUGGCCGAUCAGGGGUGUUGUUGUAUAGACGAGUUCGAUAAAAUGCCCACACAACAUGCUUGUCUCUUAGAAGUAAUGGAGCAGCAAAGUAUUAGUAUCGCAAAGGCUGGGAUUGUAUGUACUUUACCAACACGUGCUACGAUUUUAGCGGCUGCUAAUCCAGCUGGGGGGCAUUAUAAUAAAGCUAAAACUAUAGCUGAAAAUUUGAAAAUUAGUUCGCCGAUGUUGUCACGAUUUGAUUUGGUUUUUAUACUUCUGGAUCAACCAAAUGAGGAUUUGGAUAUGAGGCUAUCUGAACAUAUUCUAGCUUUGCAUUCAAGGCGAAAUGGAUCAAAUGUGUCAAAAAAUUCAACAUUGGCCGAAGGUGUAAACAACUCCUUGCGAGGACGCUUGUCUCUUCAAGACGGGGAGGAAAUAGACUAUUUGCCGCACUCCUUAUUUCGAAAAUACAUAGCUUAUGCGCAAAAAUAUGUGAAUCCCCAACUUUCAGAUGACGCUAAACAAGUAUUGAAAGAUUUUUAUUUCCAACUCCGAAAGGAGUUUCAAAAUGGGGAUAGUACCCCUGUUACGACCAGACAACUAAAUUCUUUAAUGAGACUGACUCAGGCUAGAGCAAAAGCCGAACUGAGAGAAGAAGCAACUAAAGAGGACGCUCAAGACGUUGUGGAAAUUAUGCGACAAACUUUAAUAGACAUUUUUACCGAUAAUGUCGGAAUUUUAGAUACCACUCGGUCGCAAAAUGGGGCCGGAAUGAGCGGCAAAAAUCAAGUCGUUAAGUUGCUAAGACUCAUGCAGCAAAAGGCAGAAGAACAAACCAAAUCGAUUUUUACAACAAACGAAAUCCGAAAUUUAUCCCAAGAUGUGGGAAUUAACCCUUCCAAGUUUUUCUCUGUCUUGCAAAGUUUAAACAUUCAAGGUUUUAUUUUGAAUAAAGGCGCCAAUCGAUAUCAACUUGUCACUGCCGAUUUGUAAUUAUGUAAUUUUGUGAAUAAAACUAUCUUUUUG